AGGACUUCCCCAUCCCAUUAUUCACUCACACUUCUGAUCACGUUCUCAGAGCUCUUCUGCUUUUUCCAAUCUCUGAUUUUGAAAGUUCAAACUAUCUCCCAUUCUCUGCAAUUUCAACUAAGAGGAAACUAUGAAGGGAACUAAGAUUGCUUCCGUUGCUCACAAGAAGCUCGACACUGAGACAAUGAAGAAACGCAAGGCUGAAGCGGACUUGAAAAAGAAGGAGAAAGCAAUCAAAACCGCUGGAGCUCCAAAGCGUCCUCCUACUGCAUUCUUCAUUUUUAUGGCUGAUUUUCGCAAGAGCUACAAGGAGAAUUUUCCUGAUAAUAAAUCUGUUGCUGUGGUCGGGAAAGCUGGCGGUGAGAAAUGGAAGGCAAUGUCUGAAUCUGAGAAAGCUCCCUAUGUGGGAAAAGCUGCUAAGCUGAAGGCUGAGUAUGAGAAAUCAAAGGAAGAGCAUAACAACAAGACUGUUACUGGGGAAGCAGCAAAAUCUGAGGAUUCUGAGGUGCAAGAUGAUGCUGAGCAGCAAGCUAGCUCUUAGAGUGCUACAUAGUUCUUUUGCUCCAAUGCUGAUCUGGCAAGUGAAAGCUACUGGGAAAUUCAUAUAGCUAAUCAAGUGUUAAUACAUAGUUAUAGCUAGUUAUAACUCUAGUAUUAGUAUAUUUCUUCCGUUGCAAGUCCUAUUAUCAGCUUAUGCUCAUGUUCACCAUUUUGUACUGCAAUGCAAAGCAGAUUAUGGAUUGAGUAUACUUUUGAUUCUGGUUAUUAAGAAAAAAUUGCGUUUAGUACUUGAUA